AUGGCGUCCCGGGCAGCGGCAGCGCACGCAUCGCGCGUCAAGGUCCGUCGCUAUAUCGUCACGGGCGGCGUGGCGACCACUGUCUUUCUCGGGAGUAUCUACGGCGCCGGGCUCAAGAUCCAAGGCGAGGCCAAGACUGAGCGAAAAGCAUUUGUCGAAGCCUCGUUAGAAGAGCAGAUUGCCGUGCUCGAGGAGCGCAGACAAUACUUGGUGAGCCAACGUGCUCCCUUUGAGAGGAAGCUGGUCAGACUGCAUGAACGCAUGGCUGCGAAGAAAGAGGCAGAGCAGCAGCUGCACAACGGACAGCAGAUGGAGGUGAAGCCAGACACGAGGCCAAUGCGGAACGGUACAUUUGUAGAGGCCAGUAGCACAGCCGAUUCAAAGACUGUUGGUGAUACUCAGUCAACAAAAAGUGGCUCGAGGUGGUGGCCAUUUUCUUAG